AUGGCGACGCAGGACCUAGAUGACGGGAACACUGUUUGUAAUGGCCUCCGGGAGACGGAGGAGAAUGCUCUUUGGUUGGAUGUGCUGGAAGCGGCAUACGGCGUCAAAGACUGCCACCAAGCUCUUCAUGCCAUGCCCGAUUUUUUGGGCCGCUUCUUAGUCAGAGACUUCGAUUACAAGGGCUUCCGGCGUGUCCUCGGACAUGAAGUUAGUGACGACGGUGACGAGGAGUUUGGAGCCCAACUCGAUGCCGACUUGCAAGCUGCCACGACGUUGAUGCUGCGGCUGGUGAUGACCAUCGCCAAAAGUCAGGCUCUAGAGCCCGCGGACUGGCAGGAGGCAAGCGCUGCUUGCGGCAAAGCAGUGCGUACCCUUCCUUCGUGUUACCGCCUGCAGCGGCAGCUUCCGGGCGCUUUGAACGAUGCCAGAACCUUGUGCCAUCUGGAGGAGGGACAGAGUCUUUUUGAAGGGCGACAUGGCAUUGCUUGGAGUGAUGUCCAGGCCCUUCUUGCGAAGGACGGUGAUGUUGUUUGGUCCGAGUCUGUGGUCCCCGUUUCCACUGUUCUGGACCUCGUGCGUAGGCUGUCCCUAGGUUUGGACAAUUGGAAGUAUGAAGGCUUCAAGCGUGGCUGGCAGGUUCCAAGCUUGAAAGUUCGAGAGUUUGAAAACUUGACAGAUCGAAAGUACUUGUACGAAGGUUUGCAAAUUGACAAGGACUGCGCUUGCAUGGAACUUUUGCACAGCGGGUAUCCCACCGUCUCCAAGAAGAUUGAAGAUGUGAAUGCCGCGACCGGCAAGGUGGCCAGGGCGGCCCUGCUGAAAGAGUUGCGUCAAGAGGCCAAGGCCACCCAAGUCGCCAGUUUCCCGUUGUCCUUGCAGGACUCCGGCGAAGCAGCCGGGCCGUGCAGGUAUCUUUGGCUCGGAACAUUGGCACCCUGUGCACAUGCACAGACGUACACACUCAGGUUGGAGCUCAUUUGGCAAGGGAAUGGUGAUGAGGCCUUACCCAAGUUGCAGAACGGCGUAUUGCGAGUGAAUGGAGUGCAGGCGGAAAGUCAGGGCAGCUGUGGCUCAGGUGCUGCAGUGCGGACACGAAGGAGCCUUGUUCCGCGGGGUGUCGCGGAGCGCCUGACGAGCUGGUUGGCUUGGUACAGAUCGAUCACCCUCCUCCUCUCGCCGGAGCAGUUAGAUGCCUUGCCCUUCAUUUGUCUCUUGCUGAUUGACGGGUGUCGGACCGGAUUGGCGGACUUUGUGCGCGUGAUCCAGAUGCCGCUGGGCCUUCUAGGCUGUGGGGCGUUGCUGGCUGCUUCCUCGCUGCCUUCAACUUGGCUCCUGGCUGCUGCAGGGAGGCUCUGGGCAAGGAGAGAGCGUGGUGGCAGUGGCUGGUUGUGGGUCUUCUGGCUGGGCUUUCCGAGCUUUGCAGAUUCCUGGAGUGGUGCCGUUUGGUCCGCCUGGCCGCGUGGAGCACCUUGCUACCAGGGUGCAUGGCAGGCAGUGCAGGGUAUUGUCGCGGCUACUCAACCAACAAAGCGCGAAGAGGAUCGCUAUCCUGAACUGUCGCGCUGCAGCCACUGCUGGGACUGGGUUGCUACUACAUCCUGCACGACAUGGCGAAGACGGACAUAUUGCUCCGACUGCACUGAAGGUUGGGAGGCCUAUCAGGCUACCCGUCGGAGGCAGACAGGUGAGGACGAGCCAGAGCUGACACCAAGAAGC